GGAGUUGGCAUCACUGAAUGAAGAAUUGAGACGAAUUGAAAAUUUGAAAAUGAAAACUUCACAAUUUGAAACAAAUAUAAUUAUUUUAUACAUCUAGACUUAAUUUCGUUUAAAAAAAUAUAGGAAAUGAGCAAAGCCAACAUAUUUGUAAUGUAAACAUACAUAAUACUUGUAAAAUUAUAUUACAUAUUAUAAUUUGUUACAAUGUCUGAAAACAAAAUACCUCUGUAUGUUAAAGACGGAGUUGCGUAUGUUUGGAAUGCAAAAGACUGGAAUACUAUUAGAGUAAAUUACAGAAUAUGUGGUGCACUGUUUGGCACAAUUGCUUCCUUCCCUCGUCAGAAUGAUUUCAAAGGUUUGCCAAUGAUGUUGCUGUCAGUUGAAGCCGCUUUGUUAGUUGAAAAAGGAUUCUGUGAGUUAUUUGAACUUUCAAAAUUAAAUGAAGAUCUUUCAGAAGAACAAAAACAACAAAUCAAAGAAGCUGAUGAAAAAGUAUUAGAUGAACAAGCAGAGGCAUUUAAAAUGCGGAAAAUAAGUCAGCUAUCACAAAAGAUUGAUGUAAUAGUUGCUGGAAAAAAAAAGAAGAUGUUGUCUAAAGGUAUAGUUGAUGUUAACAUUGAUAAAGAGGCGUUAUUGCAAGAAGAAAUAAAUAAAAUACCAAAACUCGCUCCUAUUCAUACAUUAGUGCAUCUGCCUACAGAACAUUCAUUAGAUAUAGAACCUACACCCUUGCAAGUUAAUGUUUUAAAACCUUGUAUUUUAUCCGGAGAAGGAGCAAUUCAAUACAGUAUCUUUAAGGAUUUGUGGGAAAAAGGAUACCAUAUCACAAAUGGUUCAAAAUUUGGAGCCGAUUUUCUUAUAUACCCAGGUGAUCCAGUUAAGUUUCAUUCAAUGUAUAUGUUAAGAUGUGUGAACAACACCACAGAAGGUUUUCGACCUCCAAGCUUAGUGGCAUUUGGAAGAUUAUCUGUAUCUGUAAAUAAACUGGCAGUGUUUGGUUUUUGUAAUGCUCAGGGAAAAGUAGAAUACCAAACAUUACAAUGGCAUAAUAGCUUAUAUGGUUGAUUUAAUUAAGAUUUAGUAACUUCUUUAUGUAACAAUAAAUAUUUUUACAAAA